AUGAAGAAAUGGGAGCUCUCCAGAAGAAUGACACAUAGGAACUCGUGCCAUUACCUCAUGGAAAGAAGACAGUGGGAUGCAGCUAGAUUGGUGGCGAAGGGGUACACACAAAGAUAUGGGAUAGACUACCAAGAGACCUUUGCCCUAGUAGCCAAGAUUAAAACUAUCGGAGUCUUUCUGUCUCUAUCAGCAAAUCUCGAUUGGCCAUUACAUCAGUUUGAUGUAAAAAAUGCAUUCUUACAUGGAGACUUGGAAGAAGAAGUAUAUAUGGACUUACCACCAAGAUGUAACUUAGCUCGUGACAAGGAAAGUCAAGUUUGCAAGCUCAAAAAGUCAUUAUAUGGGUUAAAGCAAUCCCCCAGAGCAUGGUUUGACAGAUUCACUAAAUCCACGAAGAAUUUUGGAUAUAUACAAAGUAAUGUAGAUCACACUUUAUUCUUGAAGCGUGAUGGAAGAAGACUUACUGCAUUGAUUGUUUAUGUGGAUGACAUAGUCGUAACUGGAAACGACACAGGAGAGCAACUGAAACUGCAGAAGUAUUUGUCUCAGGAAUUUGAGAUGAAGGAUUUAGGUGAUCUGAAGUACAUUCUAGGAAUGGAUGUAGCCAGGUCCACAACUGGUAUAUUUCUGUCUCAAAGGAAGUAUGUAUUAGAUCUGCUCACUGAAACAGGAAUGCUUGGAUGCAAACCUGUUGAUACACCCAUCGAGAUAAAUCACAAGUUAUGUGAAGGCAUGGAUCAAGAACCAACCAAUAAGGAACAGUACCAACGCCUUGUUGGAAGGUUGAUAUAUUUAGCCAACACAAGACCAAAUAUUGCAUAUGUUGUGAGUGUGGUUAGUCAGUUUAUGCAUUCACCCAGUGUGUCCCAUCGGAUCUUAAGAUACUUAAAGUCAGCACCUGGGAAAGGAUUAAUGUUCUCAAAAAAUAGAGAUCUCGAAGUUGUUGGAUAUACAAAUGCUGAUUGGGCUAGCUCCAUUACUAAUAGACGCUCUACUUCAUGUUACUUUACCUUUGUAAGAGGUAAUCUAGUCACUUGGCGGAGUAAAAAAGAAAAUGUAGUUUCUCGGUCUAGUGCAGAAGCAGAGUAUCAAGGAAUGGCUCACGGAGUUUGUGAACUACUGUGGAUCAAAAGACUAUUGACAGAAUUGAGUUUCAAGCCAUGA